AUGGCAUCCAACUUGGACUCUGGGGUGGGAUUUGCCAGUUCGCUGGUACCUCUUGGAACUCCAGCAUCGCCUCAAUCCACACUCACGUUCGAGGGUAUGCCGUUAGAUGUGCAACGUAUCAUUAUGGAUAAUGUCUCAAGGCAGGAUAUCCUAAAUAUGGCCAGGGUGAAGGCUUUGUCCAGCGCAGCUCGACUGUGUCUGUACACAACGGUUUCCCUGCGUCUCGCACAGCAUGAGGGAUUCAUCGAGGAUCUGAAUCGUUUCAAGGCGGCCGGAUGGCACAAUUUGGCCCUUGUGCAGAAUAUUUCAAUUCUCAAUUCGAAGAGGCGACGACGCGACCCGAGAACGGGCCAGGUUCUUCCCCAUUAUCGUUUUAAUCGUUUUGGUAACUGGGUGGGGAAAGACCUGUGGACGACAAAUAGCGAAGUUUUCAAUCAGGAAAUCAGGUCUUUGCUUGUUAACAUUCCUAAUCUCCGUAGCGUUCGCUGGUUUCAUGUAUUUAAAAUGAGUCAUGAAACUUUCGCUGCCAUUUUUACGGCGCAUAUUAAUACACUGUCCAGUUUAGAGACGAAUACACUUACUGGUAGCGAAGUUGCUAUCCUCCCUUGGAGGCCUAAUUUAGUGCAAUCCCUGCCUCUAUCGAUUGGGUUGCACAAUUUAAAAAUCGUUGGUCGGAAUGGAACUCUGAAUUCCUCGCUUCUGAAUUUCUUGACUCGUCUUGCUCCCCGUUUCGACCAUCUGGUUCUCGGGGAUGAACUCUUGCUGCACACCUUGGAUGACGCUUGGGGUGGACGGCCGCACCGUGUCUAUGAGAAACCGUCUGUAGGCGACGUUUUACGGCUUUUAGCUGGGGCGACGAACACACUUGAGAAUCUGUCAAAGUUGGACGUCAUUGGCAUGGAGGUCGCUCGAGCUCCAAACCAGCAGGCUACCGAUGCUGCCCUUACUUUGAUGAGUCUACAGGAGAUCCAUGGAUCGGCUAUCGAUGUCACCCUAUUUCUGGACCAAGGAGUCCCCUUACGGCCGACUAUCGAUCUAUAUAAUCUCCGGAGGCUCAGCCUUAUUUCCUGCACCGGUACUGAAGGUCUUUUGACUGUACUCUCACUGCCUGCCCCCCAUACAACGCUUCCGUACGUGCAAACUCGGAUGCGGUUGAAGGAAUUCUGUAUUCGUCAUGAGUUUAGGCAGCGAGGAAUUAAAACAGCCUUGGAAAACUUUUUACUGUCGUUCAGAGGCCUUGAACUCCUUUCUAUACUCCUUGAUGGCGUGACGUGCAGGAUAAAUCCCAUCGAGGUUCCUAAUCACGAAAUGUUCAUGGAUGUUCAUGGCCCGACCUUGAAGGUUCUCGUUUGGGAAAUUCGGAAGCACCAAGGCAACACUCCCGUCGACGUGGAGGACAGUAUCUCUGGCGAGAGUUCUUUUCUUGAAUACCUAAGCGAGACCUGCCCCAACCUCCAGGAACUCGGCCUCGUCCUAAACAUGAAACUUCUCCAUCGAAGAGGUCUUGCGAUGCGCAGGAUUGCCUCUCACACCCCGUAUUCCAUGCUACGACUACCGCAUCUCAAAACUCUUCAUUGUCGUGACAUUUUCAUAACGCAAGGUCGACUAUCUACCCCUGGUUUCAUUGUCAAUGCAACCAAGUCAAUCGCGACGGCAUUUCUCGACUGGGGAUUCCAUAUCCAUGGUGGCGCAUCGUCAUUGGAACUACUGGCCGUGGGCCCGAUGCAUACUCGUGAUCGUUGGAUUCAGAACCAUAUCAGACAAGACUACACCCAUCGUCCGGAAGCUGGUCCCAUAUUUUAUGACGUCAGAACAUACCCAGAUAAUUUAACGGGCGUCUCACAUCUUUUGAACCCUCUCCUGAAAACUAGACAACCUAAUGGAGAAAUUGUGCUGGAUGAGGUUGAAAACAUAAGACAGCAUUACAAGUAUACUCGUGUCUUUGACUCAUACUGGCUGCGAUAG